GGGCGACAAGAGGAUGGCGACGGUUGGCCGGUUAGGCUGUGAAUGGACAGCAGGCGGCAGAGCGAAGUGACGGAAGUGAAAUGAGAACAGGAGUAGAUGGCGGGAAAGAUGAUGUAGAGGUGAAAUAAGAUAAAAACAAAGCGGAAAAGGAGAACAACAAGCAGAGUGAAAGUAAACCUGUAAUGUGGAGGAAACGGACAGUGAGCGCAGUGUAACCGUGACAACGAGACACGAGGACGGAUUUAAAGUGAUCAUAAAAUCGUCUCCAGACGGUCGUCGUUCGUCCAGUGGGCGGGAUUAAUGCACCUGUAAGCUGAUUUGUCAAACGCCAUCGAAGCCCCGAAGAAGAACGGAGGAGGACAGCACUACUGUGGUAGAGGAGCGGUGUGUGUGCAGACAUGGCUGCUGUUGAUGAAGUGAACUGAACUUAGAGGAAAGACACAAACUAAAGUAUCCAUCCCCUCACGUCAGUGUGGAUCUGACACCAACGUCUGUAUCGCUUCAUCGAUGCUUGUAUCGAUCCGUCCAGCCACAGUUGAAGCAACAAUGAGUUCAGUUCAGUAUCUGAGAGAGUUCAUCAAGGAGAGACUAACUGCUGUUUGUGAAGAAAUCUUCUCAGAGGUUCAAAAAACCAUCGUCCAGUAUGAGGAGGAGAUCAACCGUCAGCACAGACUGCUGGAUAUCAGCCAGAAACCCGACAGAAACUCACACAUCACAGACCCCCCACAACAACAUGACCGUGAGGAAGAGGAGGGUCUGGAUGAGCAGCAGGUCUGUAACCAGGAGAGGAACUCCAGUCUGGACCAGGAGGACCCAGAGCCUCCACAGAUUAAAGAGGAACAGGAGGAACUCUGCAGCAGUCAGGAGGGAGAGCAGCUUGGACUGAAGCAGGAGGCUGAAGGCAUUAUUGUCUGGACUGAUGAAGAGCAGCUCAGACUGAUGGAGACCAUCUGGAAGCCUGUAAUAAAGUUACACAGAAUAGAUGUCCAACAGCAGCAUGCUUUUGAGGAAGAGGAGGUUUUUACCGACCAGGAGGUCUGUAACCAGGAGAGGAACUCCAGUCUGGACCAGGAGGACCCAGAGCCUCCAAAGAUUAAAGAGGAACAGGAGGAACUCUGCAGCAAUCAGGAGGGAGAGCAGCUUGGACGGAAGCAGGAGACUGAUGCCUUCAUUGUGACAUCCGCUUGUGAGGAAAGUGCACACAGUGAAUCAGAACCAAACAGUGAGCAGCUCCUUUCUCACAGCUCUCCUGAAGCAGAGAGCCGAGAUCCUGAAGAAAAUCAGCAUGUGGACUCAGGAUCUAUUAGAAAUGCAGAGCUGAAGAAGGAACGUCACAGAAAGAGAAGUCACAGUCAGAGAGUAGACAACACUCCUGUGUCAGUGGUGUUUGGUGUUCAGGUGCCUGGAUAG